CACAGGGAGAAAGAAACAGAUUGAGAACGGGAAGAGGAAUGAAAAUACAUCAAACAUAAAUAAAGCGAAAUCAAAGCAAUAGGAUAGAUUGAGAGAAAGGAGAAAGAAGAAGAGAGAGACCUUAAAAGGGGAUAGGGACAGGGAGAGAGAAAGAAGAGAAAAAUAAAGUAGGGGGAGUGUGCAGUUGACUUGAGAGAGAGGGAAAGGGAGAAAGGGUGAGAGAGAGAGAAAGAGAGAGAGAGAGACCAGCCGCCGGCCCAUUUAGGAAAGAUGGCUACAGUCACUGCAAACGGAGUGCAGCAAGAGAAUGGAUUCAGCACCACGAACAGCGCCGCCAGGAUGAACGGGCUCACAAUCGGUCAGAACACCAUUCCAAUGAAGGACCACGACGCCAUCAAGCUGUUUAUCGGACAGAUUCCCAGAAACCUGGAGGAGAAAGAUCUGAAGCCCCUUUUUGAGGAAUUCGGAAAGAUAUACGAACUCACUGUGCUGAAAGACAGGUUUACGGGAAUGCAUAAAGGAUGUGCCUUUCUAACGUACUGCGCCAGAGAGUCAGCACUGAAGGCCCAGAGCGCCCUCCAUGAACAGAAGACUCUGCCAGGGAUGAACCGGCCCAUCCAGGUGAAGCCAGCCGACAGCGAAGGACGAGGAGAAGACAGGAAGCUGUUUGUGGGGAUGCUUGGGAAGCAGCAGAGCGAGGAGGACGUCCGGCGGCUCUUUGAGACCUUCGGCCAGAUCGAGGAGUGCACCGUCCUGAGAGGGCCUGAUGGGGCCAGUAAGGGCUGUGCCUUUGUCAAGUUCUCCAGCCACGCAGAAGCACAGGCGGCCAUCAACAGCCUGCACGGCGGACAGACCAUGCCAGGGGCGUCCUCCAGCCUGGUGGUGAAGUUUGCUGACACGGACAAGGAGCGGACCCUGCGUAGGAUGCAUCAGAUGGCGGGCCAGCUCGGCAUCUUCAGCCCCAUGACCAUCCAGUUUGGGGCCUAUGGCGCCUACUCUCACGCUCAGAUGAUGCAACAGCAAGCAGCGCUAAUGGCGGCGACCCAGAACUCGUAUCUGAACCCCAUGGCAGCCAUCGCUGCGGCACAAAUGCAGCAAAUGGCAGCUUUCAACGUCAACGGUCUGGUGGCUGCCCCAAUGACACCCUCCUCAGGCACCAGCACGCCGCCGGGUAUCAAUGCCACGGCCUUGCCCAGCCUAGCAGCACCCAUGGGUGUCAAUGGGUUCGCAUCCCUCCCGCCCCAGACCAACGGUCAGCCUAACAAUGAGCCAAUCUACACCAAUGGGAUCCACCCCUACCCAGGUGAGACAGCCAAUGGGAUUCACCUCUACUCAGCACAGAGUCCUACAGUGACUGACCCUCUCCAGCAGGCUUACGCCGGUGUGCAGCACUACGCAGCAGCCUACCCUGCCGCCUAUGCACCAAUCAGUCAAGCGUUCCCCCAGCAACCCACCAUCAUCCCCCAGCAACAGAGAGAAGGGCCGGAAGGCUGCAACCUGUUUAUUUACCAUCUGCCCCAGGAGUUUGGAGACGCAGAAUUAAUGCAAAUGUUCCUGCCUUUCGGCAACGUCAUCUCCGCCAAAGUCUUCGUGGACCGGGCGACCAAUCAAAGCAAGUGUUUUGGCUUUGUGAGCUUCGAUAACCCAUCCAGUGCCCAGGCGGCUAUCCAGGCCAUGAAUGGUUUUCAGAUAGGCAUGAAGCGGCUGAAGGUGCAGCUGAAGCGGCCAAAGGAUGCCAACCGACCUUACUGACCCCUUUGCCGUCCACAUCCAGGAUGAAGGGCCACAACACCUUAUUUCCACAAGUGCAGUAUAAAGUACAAAGACUUCUUGCUCUGCUACAUAUCAUGAAAGAAGGGUGGUCCCUUGAUUCUGCUGGAAGAAUAGCUGGAGAAGAUUGGGUGACUGAGGAGGAGAAGGAACCCGGAGAUUCUUUUUUUAUUUUUUUUUAGCAAAUGCCUCUUUUCCCUGUUUUGCUUUGGCGUCUGUGGAAGAGGAUUUUUUGCAGAGACCAACUUUUUGCUGCUGUUUUUUAAACAAGAUGGAAAACCUUUAUAGACACAUUAUGCUCAAAGCAUGCACACUGACACCGAUAUAUAUAGACAUGAACACACUCUUACCAAACAAACGUGCAUACAUACAAGCCAACACACACACACACACACACACACACACACACACACACACACACACACACACACACACACACACACACACACACACAUAUACACACACAUACACACACACACACACACACACACAAAUAUUCUCUCAGACAUCCUACAGUGUACAUACCUGUAUGUGCAUUUGCCAACUUAAACAUACACGCGGACAGACAGACACACACAUAAACACACACACACACACACACACACACACACACACACCAGCCUGCUGCCAUUUUGGUUUUCGUGCCUACACAGGUGAUGUGCUCUGUGACAGGGCGAGCUCUUAGAAAAGAAGAAGAGAAAUGGAGAAUCCAGGAGAAUUUACAUGCAUCAUUCCUUAGGAAAUAGGGACCAAAGGACUUAACGCUUUUUAAAAGAAUAUAAAUAUAUAUACAUAUAUAUAUAUAUAUAUAUUUAAAAAACUCUUACCUUGUAGCUGCAAGUAUUACAAUUUAAUAGUAGUCAAAAUAAAUCAUUAAAUCAAUAUCCAGUGGCCUAAGUAAGAAUAAAAAGAUAAAGGAAAUAAUGUAUACAUUGAAAAAAAGACAAGGAAACGUAGUAAAGGGGCUGAUUAUUAUGUUCUGGUUGCUGUUUUGCCACCAGGUAGUAGAUUAGAAAAUGUAGAAUACUAGAAAAGUAGAUUUGCUCUUUUUUGCUGUUGUUUUUUUUAAAGAAAAAAAUACUUGAACUUGUAAAGUAAGGGGGGAGGGAUGAAAAAGAAAAAAAUAUUCAUUUUGUCUGUCCCGUCCCAGUGGGCUUUUGGGGCAUUGGGGUCUCUCUCUUGGAUGUUACGGUCGGGCCGCUGGACCUCAUCAUGGUGUACAACCCACUCACAGCACUAUCUGACAGCUAUAAAGGAACUGUUUUUGAGAAGAGGGGGAAGAAGAAGAGAAAAGACAGAUGAACCUUCCUAGUGUCUGUGCUGGACAGGGUGCAGAUAUGAGAGGCUUAUUUCCCACAAGCCUUUGUGUUCAAGCGACAAUCCACUGUAAAAAACCAAGCAAAUCGGACAUGGUGUGAUCUUUUCUUUUGAGCUCUAUUAUUACGACAGGGAGUGUGCUAUUAUAAAAGUUAUUAAAGAAAUGCAUAAAGAGAAGCUUCUGAAAAUGAGAUGGACUAAUGGACAAAAAUUAAGGCAAGCAGAGAAGAAAAUGAUUGAGUUGAUAGCUACUGAAACUGCCAAAAGAGUGAACUCAACAGUAUAACAAUGAAUUGGCUCUCGUGGCGUUUGAGUAAACGAAAAAAAUAGACCCAUUAAAAAUAACCAUGUUUUAGGUAAGAGGGAGAAAGAGAGAGAGGGAUAGGGAUAUUUAUGUCCGCUGAAGCCGCUCUAAAGCUCUGGUGAGAUUGAGAAACAUCGCCUCAUCUCCCCGGCUGUAGAACAGACACAAGCAGAACUUGCUCUGAAAGACACACUAGAUUUAUCGAUGGCAAAACAGUGGAAGCUUUUAGAGCUCAUUUAACUUUGUCGUAUAUAAUGUACAUGUCACUGUUAACAUGUCCCAUCCCUGACCUGCUUUUUUCCCCAAAUAUUAUAUAAUGAGACUGUGGAAAAACCUACCUAUCCGACUCAACCUAACCUAACACAGUCUGAAUUACAGCCAUACCACAGCCAUCAUUCAGCUCCUCCCUGCCAAUCCAUGCCUAGCAGAACACAGCUCUGAACUCUUAACUUGUCAGGCUUUGACUUAGUGUCCACGAGACCCUUUAUUUGGACUAUUUUACAGUGGUGGAUGCAGCUGGCCCCUCUAUGAAAACCAGAUCAAUAUGUUUGCUAUGAGUCUCGAGGAAGGAUAAGAUGGCAAGUCAUUCACUGUCCACACUUCCUCAAGUUCUCUCAGUAGAACACCAGCUCUCCCCCCUCCCUCACAACUCCCUGAGAGUUGACUGAAGGCAUAUGGAGGGGGAGGUAGAGCUGGACAUGGAAGAGAAGGGGAGAGGAAAGGAAAGUGGGAGAAGUCAACAGCCAAACCCUGAUCUCUGAGCUCUACUCCACGCCAACAUGUCCAACCUCGUCUUACUUUAUCCUUUAAAGUGAUGCUUCUUGGAGUUUUCCCCCAGGGACCGAAGCCACAGCAAGCGCAGCCUCCAUGUAUCUGUGCUGGCUUGCUCUUGGGGAAUGGGAUUGAAGGGUUGAUAAGGAAUCACUUGGCAUGUAUUAGGUACCUGCUGCCUUCUGUCCAGCCUGUGUCUGUUUACCUCUGGGACUUGCUCUCCAAAGCAGAGCGGACGCAUUCCAAGUCACUGACUGAAAGCCCUGCCUGCCUGCCUGCCUGCAUCACACAAGAGACAUCGAGACACAUGACUUUCAUUCUCUUUCUCCCGGCUGCUUAAAUACAACACAAUGCCAAUCUUUUCUGUGAGCGAAAAGCUCUUGGAUUUGUCUUGAUUUGUAUCCUUGUUUUUAUCAUACCACAUUACUGUAAUGAAUGUUAGCUUCUGACUUUGUGUUUGUGUUCCUCUGCUAUGAAUAGACACUGUUCUGUUCCAUCAUGCCUUCCAGAACCCCAACCUAGCUGUUCAUAGCUGUUCAGCUGUUCCCCUGGAACAAUGUUUCAAACCAACCUGCAGUUCAGUGUUUGGCUUCAGUCGCCUUCGAUUAUCUCUUCCUCCGUAUUAGACAUGCUAUUUCACCUUUCCCUCUAAUCACGUUGUAAUAGUGAGGCUCUAUACAUUAACACCAACCAAGUGAAAAGUCAUCUGCAUAAUCACCUGGACCAAAUUACAGUGGGGAUGGUCCCUUGAAUGCUCUGUGAUGACAGAAGGUAGAUUAGAGAGAAUUAUGUUUGUAGCGGCUCCCUGGCAAGGAUGCCGACAGCUGACCUGGCACCGAUAUCACCGCAGCCGUAUUUAUGAUGGAGAUGAGAUGCAGGAAGCAUGAUGAAACACUCCAUGUCAAAGCUACUCUGGGUAUUAAUGUUGGAUAUUUGAUUGGCGUGGGUAUAGAUUAUGUUGAAGAUAAGGCAAAAGAGACCCGGUUUGAAAUAUUGCUCCAGGCACAAAAGGUACUGAACAAUAGCAGGUUGAAAUGGUUAGCAGACAACCAACUCUUCCGUUUAAAAACCCUCAGUUCCUCUGUUGCAGCUGCCUGCCGGGUGGCAUGUGCUAUUGCACUUAAUUGUGUCUCAACAAUCGCCUCAGAGGCCGCUAUUUUCCACAAAACAACCAGCUCUAAAAGUGUUGUCUUUUUCACGGCAGUAUUGCAGUCGGGACACCUGCAAAGCACAGAAUAUUGUUCAGAACUGGAGGAGCACAGUAGUUAUUUUGAAUCAAAACGAUGCCCGUUGAAAAAACUGUGCCAGCUUUGGUCAUGGGUUGUCGCGACUUGCCUUCGAAAACAGUAAAAACACUCAACCUUUAGUUGUUAUGAAGUCAGCCAAACAUGUAGGAACUAGGAAGCCACAUGAAUUAAUGUGAAGUAGGUCAAUAUGAAUGCAUGUUCUUCACAGCAGCCCUUUUGUGCUCAUUAUUUAUGUAAUGCUGAAUUAAUCAAUAGGAAACCUAAUGUUCCGUGAGCGAUGAAAUCUCCUAUGCUUGUCUCUCUGCCGCUUCAAAAGCACCUCCUGCAAGACUAGUCCCAUUAGCCUCACCAUGAGCCCUCUGAUGGCACCUACACCAGAUAAAUGCUGCAUACCCCUACCUUCAACUUAGAGCAAGGUUAGGUUCAGCCUAGGUCCAAUCCCCUGCCCAGUCUUAUAUUCCCUGCUUGGCUAACGUGCUACGCUUGUAUAGCCUUUCUGUUGCACCAGGGAGCUGCAGAAACAUGCUUGGGAAGGCUAGAUUAGACAAUGUUAAAUCAGGGAGCUGUUUGAACGAGGGUACUCUUAUUGCUCUUCUACACAGGGGAGCAAGGUUAUUAGUGUGACAUGCAGUGAAAACAGAAAUAGCUGUAGUGAAGCCAGGCAUCAGAAAUGAGAAGUGGGUUUUAUAUCCUUCUUUUACUGACUGCAGAAGGCUGCCAGCUCAGCCCAUCUCAGCUCAGAUCUGGCCCUGUGACUCGCCUUACGCAGGACUGAAAUCCACCCACUCAUGUUCAGAUGAGAAUAUUUAGAUUGACAUUAUAGGUUAUUGAUGUUGUUCGUUCAACUCACUUUAUGUCUGUUUGGAAACAUAGUACCCGUCAAAAGUUUGGACACGCCUGCUCAUUCAAGGGUUUUUCUUUAUUUUUACUAUAUUCUACAUUGUAGAAUAAUAGUGAAGGCAUCAAAACUAUAAAAUAACACAUAUGGAAUCAUGUAGUGACCAAAAAAGUAUUAAACAAAUCAAAAUAUAUUUUAGAUUUUAGGUUCUUCAAAGUAGCCACCUAUUGCCUUGAUGACAGCUUUGCACACUCUUGGCAUUCUCUCAACCAGCUUCACCUGGAAUGCUUUUCCAACAGUCUUGGAGGAGUUCCCACAUAUUCUGAGCACUUGUGGGCUGCUUUUCCUUAACUCUGCGGUCCAACUCAUCCCAAACCAUCUUAAUUGGGUUGAGGUUGGGUGAUUGUGGAGGCCAGGUCAUCUGAUGCAGCACCAUCACUCUCCUUCUUGGUCAAAUAGCCCUUACACAGCCUGGAGGCGUGUUGGGUCAUUGUCCUGUUGAAAAACAAAUGAUAGUCCCAAUUAGUGCAAACAAGAUGGGGAUGGCGUAUCGCUGUAGAAUACUGUGAUAGCCAUGCUGGUUAAGUGUGCCUUGAAUUCUAAAUAAAUCCCAGACAGUGUCACCAGUAAAGCACCCCCACACCAUCCCACCUCCUCCUCCAUGCUUCACGGUGGGAACUACACAUGUGGAGAUUAUCCGUUCACCUACUCUGUGUCUCACAAAGACACGGCGGUUUGAACAAAAUCUAAAAUUUGGACUCAUCAGACCAAACACAGAUUUCCACCGGUCUAAUGAUGAUUGCACGUGUUUCUUGGCCCAAGCAAGUCUCUUCUUCUUAUUUAUGUCCUUUAGUGGUUUCUUUGCAGCAAGGCCUGAUUCACACAGUCUCCUCUGAACAGUUGAUGUUGAGUUGUGUCUGUUACUUGAACUCUGUGAAGCAUUUAAUUGGGCUGCAAUUUCUGAUGCUGGAACUCUAAUGAACUUAUCCUCUGCAGCAGACGUAACUCUGGGUCUUCAUUUUCCUGUGUCUGUCCUCAUGAGAGCCAGUUUCAUCAUAGUGCUUGAUGGUUUUUGUAACUGCACUUGAAUAAACUUUCAACGCUCUUGAAAUGUUCCAUGAUGACUGACCUUCAUGUCUUAAAGUAAUGAUGGAAUCAUUUCUCUUUGCUUAUUUGAGCUGUUCUUGCCAUAAAAUGGACUUGGUAUUUUACCAAAUAGGGCUAUCUUCUGUUUACCACCCCUACCUUGUCACAACACAACUGAUUGGUUCAAACGCAUUAAGAAGGAAAGAAAUUCCACAAAUUAACUUUUAACAAGGCCCACCUGUUAAUUGAAAGGCAUUCCAGGUGACUACCUCAUGAAGCUGGUUAAGAGAAUGCCAAG